AAAUCAUCAAAAUCAAAUGUCAAAUUCUGAAAACAAAAAAAAAUGGACGCUUUCCAAGUUUGCACGAUAUUUUCUUGAUUUUUUGUUAAAUAUGGAGAAUAAAUUGAUUAUUGUGUAGUAUUUUAAAAUCUUAUGCAAUAAACUUGCGUUAGUUGUUCAAGAUGUGCGACAGUGAUGACCCGAACGACCACAGUCGGUCCGGCAUGGACUUGACUGGGUUCCUGUUUGGUAAUAUCGAUGAAAGCGGCCAGCUUGAGGACGAUGGGCUAUUGGAUGGCGAUUCCAAGCGAAUGUUGUCUUCACUAACCCGCUUGGGCCUUGGUUCUAUGUUAUCGGAGGUAUUGGAGGAGGAAGAACCGAUUCAGGAUGAUGAAGAGAAAGAUUAUGCCCAAAAGAGUCCAUCCGCUGUUGAUUUUUUUGAUAUUGAUGAUGCAGCAGAAGAUGAAAAGGAGAUAGAGUGCAAUAUAGAGUCUAACAAUAAAUGGGAAACUGAGUCUGAUUCAAAAAAUGAGACGAGUGUCCAAGAAAAUAAUGCAGUGGAUGUAGAUAUUAAAAGCGAUUGUCCACAGACUGAUGAAAAAUGGAAAGAGGAUUAUGAGAAUGAAUCGGAACAACGUAACAAUGAUGAAGGUUAUGAGGGUGAUAUGGAAGGUGACGGAGAACUUAUGCCACCACCAUCUACUGUGCCGAAACCUAAAACUGAUAGACCUAAGAAAUUGGACACUCCACUGGCAGCUAUGCUGCCCUCUAAAUAUGCAAAUGUAGAUGUUACCGAGUUGUUCCCAGACUUUAGGCCUGAUAAAGUAUUGUUAUUCUCCCGUCUAUUUGGGCCCGGCAAGCUGUCUAGUUUGCCACAAAUCUGGCGCGGUGUACGGAGGCGUAGACGCCGAAAACGCAGUGGCAGUACGGGUAGCGACACACCACAGGCGUCUGAGCUGCAAGAAGUUCAAUAUGCUAGUGACGAUGAAGAGAAAUUUCUUAAGCCUAUGGAAGAAAACACUCAAGUAGCACAAGGCGAAUCUAAUUCGCAAAAUUCAGGGGACAAAUCGCAAAGACCAACGCCGGCACAUUGGCGCUUCGGACCCGCACAGGCUUGGUAUGAUAUGCUCAAUGUGCCAGAGACGGGCGAAGGAUUCGACUAUGGAUUUAAAGCAAAGGCACCAUCUCCAGAAAGGGAAGACAAGCCAAAAGAAAAGCCUAGUGAAGGAGAUCCUAACUCUGAUAAUAAUGAAAAUAGAGACAGUCCCGACAGUGGGUUUCCAGAUGACGCGUUUCUUAUGGUAUCUCAAUUGCAAUGGGAAGAUGACGUUAUAUGGGAUGGCAGCGAGAUUAAACAGAAGGUUCUAGCUCGCCUAAACAGUAAAAGCAACGCCGCAGGCUGGGUGCCCACGUCAGUCAGUAGAACUGCUCAACAGUUCUCUCAUCCAAGACCGCAGCAACCCACGCCUUUGACGACCAAACCUGCCACAACAACCGCCUCAUCAACCAACAACACAGGCACAACUUCUGCCGAAGGGGAAGACAAUACUUGGUACAGCAUAUUCCCAGUAGAAAACGAGGAGCUUGUCUAUGGAACCUGGGAGGACGAAGUCAUAUGGGAUGCUGAGAACAUGACCAAAAUACCCAAACCCAAAAUACUUACUUUGGAUCCAAAUGAUGAGAACAUUAUCUUGGGUAUUCCAGAUGAUGUCGAUCCGUCGAAGAUAACCAGAGAACGAGGUCCAGCACCAAAAGUAAAGAUCCCACAUCCACACGUAAAGAAAUCAAAAAUUUUGCUGGGCAAAGCGGGUGUGAUCAACGUGUUGCAGGAAGACGCGCCGCCGCCUCCGCCUAAAUCGCCUGAUCGGGACCCUUUUAAUAUUUCCAAUGACGUAUUCUAUCAACCGAAAUCCCAAAAUCCUCGACUUAAAGUCGGCGGAGGUCAACUCAUACAGCACAGUACACCAGUAGUGGAACUUCGGGCUCCUUUCAUACAAACCCACAUGGGGCCGGCUCGACUGCGCACCUUCCAUCGACCAGCUAUGAGGAAACUGUCGUAUGGGCCGCUGGCUGCCCCGGGACCACAUCCGGUUCAACCUUUGUUGAAGCAUAUUAGGAAGAAGGCUAAGCAACGUGAAUCGGAACGUCUGGCUUCUGGUGGUGGAGACGUAUUCUUCAUGCGGACUCCUGAAGAUCUGAGCGGUAGGGAUGGAGAACUGAUCCUCGUGGAGUUCUGUGAAGAACAUCCACCCCUCAUCAGCCAAGUUGGCAUGUGUUCCAAGAUCAAGAACUAUUAUAAGAGAACCGCUACCAAGGAUAAUGGACCCAAGCCAUUGAAAUAUGGAGAAAUAGCGUAUGCACAUACAUCUCCGUUCCUUGGGAUUUUGCCACCGGGAGCGACACAGUCAGUCGUUGAAAACAACAUGUAUCGCGCGCCUAUCUACGAGCAUACGUUACCUCAGACCGACUUUCUAGUUAUACGGACUAGACAAGCAUAUUAUAUCCGCGAGGUAGAUGCCGUAUUCGUGGCCGGCCAGGAGUGCCCUCUGUAUGAGGUGCCAGGACCAAAUUCAAAAAGGGCUAACAAUUUUGUUCGAGACUUUUUGCAGGUAUUCAUAUAUAGGCUUUUCUGGAAAUCUCGCGGGAACCCUCGGCGAAUAAAGAUGGACGACAUUAAGAGAGCAUUCCCGUCUCACUCGGAAAGUUCGAUUCGUAAACGUCUGAAGUUAUGCGCUGAUUUCAAGCGCACUGGAGAAGAUUCAAAUUGGUGGGUAAUAAAACCUGACUUCCGCUUGCCAUCGGAAGAGGAAAUCCGCGCGAUGGUAUCACCAGAGCAGUGCUGUGCGUACUUCAGCAUGGCGGCGGCCGAGCAGCGGUUGAAGGACGCGGGCUAUGGGGAAAAGUUCAUCUUUACUCCUCAGGAGGAUGAUGACGAGGAACUACAACUCAAGAUGGAUGAUGAGGUCAAAGUCGCCCCAUGGAACACAACCCGUGCCUACAUCCAAGCAAUGCGUGGUAAAUGCCUUCUUCAAUUAACUGGACCCGCCGACCCCACGGGUUGCGGCGAAGGGUUCUCCUACGUGCGGGUUCCCAACAAGCCCACGCAACAACCCAACGAGGAACAGCAACCUAAGAGAACGGUUACGGGAACUGAUGCGGACUUGAGAAGGCUGAGCUUGAAUAAUGCUAAAGCUUUGUUGAGGAAGUUUGGCGUACCUGAGGAAGAGAUUAAAAAGUUAUCCCGAUGGGAAGUUAUCGACGUGGUGCGAACAUUGUCUACGGAAAAAGCAAAGGCCGGUGAAGAGGGAAUGACUAAAUUCUCGAGAGGGAACAGAUUCUCCAUCGCUGAACAUCAAGAAAGGUACAAAGAAGAAUGUCAGCGUAUAUUUGAGUUACAAAACCGCGUGUUGACAAGCACUGAAGUAUUGAGUACAGACGAGGCUGAGAGUUCAGUCAGUGAGGAGUCCGAUUUGGAGGAGAUGGGCAAAAACAUUGAGAACAUGCUUGCUAAUAAGAAGACUACUGAACAGUUAUCCAUGGAACGAGAGGAAGCAGAAAGAGCUGAGUUGAGGAAAAUGAUUUUGGGGCAGUCUGAGAAGAAACCGCAAAUCAACCAAUCAGACCAACAACAAUCAUCAAAUCAAGCAGGUCGAGUCCUACGUAUAGUCCGUACGUUUAGAAACGCGUCAGGUCAACGCUACACUCGCGUGGAGUUAGUAAGAAAAGCGGCAGUCAUAGAAGCCUACACAAAGAUACGCUCGACUAAAGACGACGCGUUCAUAAGACAGUUCGCUACCAUGGACGAGACCCAAAAGGAAGAGAUGAAGAGAGAAAAGAGAAGAAUUCAGGAGCAGUUGCGGCGUAUCAAGAGGAAUCAGGAAAGAGAAAGACUAGCUGGAAAUGUUGGUGUUUUGGGAGUCAGUACUACUCCUUUGGGGGAUAGUAUGGUUACUUCAACGAUGUCAGAUUUAGGGUCUCCGUCGCCCGGUUUGAUACCUUUGGGCCAAAUCAAACAGGAGCCAGAUCUUCACACACCUUCAAGGAGACGUGCUAAGCUAAAGACCGAUUUGAAAUUGAAAUGUGGAGCAUGCGGUCAAGUCGGCCAUAUGAGGACGAACAAAGCGUGUCCGCUAUACACGGGCGGAGGUGCCGUGUCGCCCGAGCACGACGAACCGCCGCCCGAACCGGACGACCUCGACCUGGGAUAUGUCGAGGGAACCAAACUCACUCUACCGUCCAAGAUCAUCAAGCAAUCAGCGGAAGACUUCAAACGUCGCAGAGGAAGCCAUCGCGGAGAGUUCCGAGCGGCGGGUCGCAACAGACGCCGUGGUACCGCGAGCGAGUCCUGUGACUAUCUCGUCAAGAGACCUGCGGAGAGACGCAGGACGGACCCGCUAGUGACUCUCUCGUCACUGCUGGAGGACGUGUUGAAUACCAUGCGGCAUUUGCCAGAUGUGCAGCCGUUCUUGUUCCCGGUUAAUCCCAAGCUGGUGGCAGACUACUACCGCAUCGUAUCCCGGCCUAUGGACCUGCAGACCAUCAGGGACAAUCUGCGGCAGAAACACUAUCAAAGUCGUGAGGAAUUUCUGGCCGAUGUCAACCAAAUUGUUGAAAACUCCAACCUGUAUAAUGGUCCUACAAGUAGUCUGACAGUUGCUGCACAGCGUAUGAUGCAACGCUGUUUCGAGAAAUUGGCCGAAAAGGAGGAACAGUUUAUGAAGCUUGAAAAACAAAUUAAUCCACUACUCGAUGACAAUGACCAGGUUGCACUAUCGUUUAUCUUCGAGAACCUGUUGACAACCAAGCUGAAGAUCAUGCCGGAGGCGUGGCCCUUCCUGAAGCCUGUGAACAAGAAGCAGGUGAAAGAUUACUACAACGUUAUCAAGAAACCCAUUGACAUGGAGUCUAUUGGCAAGAAAAUUCAAGCUCACAAGUACCACAGCCGUGCGGAAUUCUUGCGGGACAUACAGUUAUUAGUGGAUAAUUGUCGUGCGUACAACGGUCCCAAUUCCCAGUUCACACGACAAGCCGAAGCGGUGCUCAAAGUGACGCAGGAGGCUUUGGAAAAGUUCGACGAACACGUAAGCCAAUUGGAAGCAAACAUUGCCAAAGUGCAACAGAAGAUGUUAGAAGAGGCCGAACAAUCGGACAUAGAAGACGAACCGCCGCCGCAACCGCAGUCCGACGAGAAACGCGGCAGGGGACGGCCCAGGAAACAUAAACCUGCCACUUCUACAUCUGCGGCAGAUGAUGCUACGCCAAGGAAACGUGGUAGACCGAAGAAAGACCAGAACAGUCUUGUUGACGAUCUGCAAUACUCUGAUAGCGGAAGCUCGGGGCUUGAAGAAGUGGAACAGAAAGACGUGGCGGAAGCAAUGGUACAGCUGUCUGUGCGUCCAGAAGACUUGACAGGCGAGCCAAGUUUCGACACUUCCGAGUUCCUCAUCAAGCGCGAAGUGCCGGACGAGCCUCCACAAAUAUCUGAUGAACUGGUGGACUUGGACCAACACAGCCGAGACUAUACUUAUCCUGCUGUUGUUAAGGAGGAACCAAUAGAGCCGGAUAUAAAUAUGGAUCCGCCAAUGUUGGACAGUGCGCCCGUGGAACUUCCACAGUUCAAAGAAGAACCGCUUGAAAACUGGCAGCCGGAUCCCGCGAUACAAGACGACUUACAAGUCACUGACAGCGAAGAAGAAGCCGAGGAUGGUCUUUGGUUCUAAAAGUCGCAUAAUAAUUACUGCCAUGAUCACCAAAACGAAGGCAUCUUCUAGGCAAGCAUUUUCGUACCUUUGUUCCAUCAGGCAUAAUUGUCGUCUUGCAUAUUUAUUUUGUAAGUAGAUAUAGUAUAAUUUUAUAUUGCGGUUUUGUAAGGAUAUCUAUUAAUAAAUUAAGUUAUAUAAUAUGGAAUUAUUGUAAGUAUAUGGCAAAAUCUUUAAUGAAAUAAAUGAAAUGUUAUAUUAA